CGUGAGCUGGGGAGGAGCACGCGAAGACGGCAGAAGGCGGAGGAGGCGACAACCUCUCAUUGCCUUUCCGACGUCGUUACCCAUCGCCGCCGCCGCCGCCGCAGCCCCCCGGUUUUCCGGAACCGCGCCUCCAAAGCCCUGUUCUUCCCCUGUUUCGAGACCGAGAGAUUCGCAGAGACUAUCUCGUGUUCGAUCCUUAGCCAACGCUUCCGAUCCUCGCUGGUGACAAUUUUUAGAGCAUUUACGCUCUCGCUGACCGGAGUUAGAGGUCCAGCUUUGCAGAGGGCUUUGACAUUCUUAUGAAUGGCUUGGAGAGCCUUAGGAAACAAGGGUCUUCGAGUUAGUCAUAAAAUAUCACAAGGACAUGCAUUGGGUUCGGCUUCUGUUUCUCGCCUUGAAGAUGCUGUGAUAUCGGUUUCUGCUCUGUUCAGAUGCUUUUCAGAUUUCUCUAACAUGUCACUAUGGCAGGAGGCUAGCUAUAGGAAGCAUCUGUCUGACCAGACUUCAUUAAGGUGCUUUCAUUCAAGUCCAACACUUUUGGCUAGAGGUGAUGGGCAAUUUGGUUUGAGGACUCCCAAGAGAGAAAAGUAUGUUAGAAGAGAGAAUAGAGCCCAACCACCCGUUGAGGCUCCAUAUGUGCCACCUAAAGUGAAAACAGUGACAAAGUCGUCUGUGGAUAAAACAAUUGACAUUUUCGAAGGCAUGACAAUAGUCGAACUCGCCAAGCGUACUGGUGAGUCAUUAUCUUCACUGCAAGAUAUCCUUCUGAAUGUUGGGGAGAAGGUCGAAUCAGAGUUUGAUCCUCUCAGCAUCGACAUUGCGGAGCUUGUUGCAAUGGAACUCGGCGUCAAUGUUAGAAGGCGUCACUCCGAUGAAGGUGCAAAGCUUUCAGCUCGGCCACCCGUUGUCACGGUCAUGGGUCAUGUUGACCAUGGGAAAACUUCUCUUUUGGAUGCUCUGCGUCAAACAUCUUUGGUGGAAAAGGAAGCUGGUGGGAUAACUCAGCAUCUUGGAGCAUUUGUUGUGAGCAUGCCUUCGGGUUCAUCAAUAACAUUCCUCGACACUCCUGGUCAUGCUGCAUUCAGUGCAAUGCGGGCCAGAGGUGCGGCAGUCACUGAUAUUGUUGUGCUAGUGGUAGCUGCAGAUGAUGGAGUCAUGCCCCAAACUCGAGAAGCUAUGUCCCAUGCAACAUCGGCCAAUGUACCAGUUGUUGUUGCUAUUAGUAAAUGCGAUAAACCAGCUGCUGACCCUGAACGAGUAAAACUGCAGCUCGCAUCGGAGGGGUUACUUUUGGAAGAAAUGGGUGGGGACGUUCAGGUAGUUGAAGUUUCAGCUGUAAAGAAAACAGGAUUGGAUAGGUUGGAGGAGGCGUUGCUUCUCCAGGCUGAGCUUAUGGAUCUGAAAGCACGGAUUGAUGGGCCUGCACAAGCUUAUGUAGUGGAGGCAAGGCUUGAUAGGGGGCGUGGUCCGUUGGCCACAGCGAUUGUGAAGGCAGGGACUUUGGUUUGUGGGCAAUAUGUGGUUGUGGGUUCUGAGUGGGGGAGAAUAAGGGCUCUCAGGGACAUGGUGGGUAAGAUGACUGAUCGAGCAACUCCGGCUAUGCCUGUUGAGAUUGAAGGGUUGAAGGGUCUCCCAAUGGCUGGUGAUGAUAUUGUUGUUGUGGAUUCUGAGGAACGUGCUAGAAUGCUUAGUACGGGAAGAAAAAGAAAAUCUGAGAAAGACAGACUUCGGAAAAUAAGCGAGGGAAGGACAGAAGCUGAAGAGUCAUCAGAAGAACAAGAAGUGGAGAGAGUUGAAAUGCCGAUAAUUGUGAAAGCAGAUGUGCAAGGAACAGUCCAAGCUGUUACAGAUGCUUUAAAAAGUUUGAAUAGCCCUCAGGUUUUUGUCAACGUAGUGCAUGUUGGUGUUGGACCAGUUUCUCAGUCUGAUAUCGACCUAGCACAGGCCUGUGGUGCAUGUAUAGUUGGGUUCAAUGUGAAGAAUCCUCCUAGUUCUGUAACUCAGGCAGCAACUAGAGCCAGUAUUCAGAUAAAAACACACCGUGUGAUCUAUCAUCUUUUGGAGGAUAUGGGCAGUUUGAUAGUUCACAAGGCUCCGGGGACUGCAGAGACUCAGGUAGCUGGGGAAGCUCAGGUCUUGAACAUAUUCGAGCUCAAAGGGAGGAGCAAAUCCAAGGGAGAUGAUGUGAAGAUUGCCGGUUGCCGCGUUGUCGACGGGCAAGUCACGAGAUCAUCAACAAUGAGGCUUCUGAGGAGCGGAGAAGUCAUGUUCGAAGGGUCAUGCGCGUCCCUCAAGAGAGAGAAGCAGGAUGUUGAGACGGUGGGAAAAGGGAAUGAAUGUGGGCUUGUAAUCCGAGAUUGGGCUGAUUUCCAGGUUGGGGACAUCAUCCAGUGCUUGGAACAAGUUGUACGGAAGCCUAAGUUCAUUUCAUCGGAGAGUGGAGCUGUUCGAAUUGAGUGCUGACAGUGCAGCGCAAUGUCCAUGCUGUUUGAGUUGAUAAUGGAUUCUGUUGGUUGCGUCUUCCCUCUCCCUCUCGAAAAGGCGGUGCCAACACAAACAAUUUUGUAUUUCAAAUUUUGAGUCUUUGCAUGCUGUUAUGACCCUGCUGAUUAGUACAAACCUAAGAAGUGUACAUUAGUCCAGUUUGAGAAGCAUGAUAAUGUUAUUUGUAUAUGCAAUACGUUAUAUCUUGUGAUGCGGAACACGGAUGUUGUUACAUUCAAGAUUUGAUGAACUGCUGAGAGAGAACUUCUCGAGUUUUGUCA